UUUCCUUUUGUUUUCUUAAUAAAUGAAUGUUUCAACUUAUUAUUCAUUCGCUUAAAGUAAAAGCGAUAAGAGAAUGGCGCUGAAGUACUUGUCCCCAACAUAUUGCAUUCUUGCAGCUAAAGAUCGAGCGGCCGGAUUUGUGGUAUCAUCUGCUCAAACUCGAAGUCAACCAACAAGGAGAGGAGUUGUAUCCAGUGGAAUAGCCUCUAUUAUAUCAAUCUCUGCAGCCAUAUCAACUAUUCCGUUAGGUGCUACUGCAGCUGCAAUUAAUGAGUUCUGGGAGCUUCCAAAUUCCGGUGGUGUCAAGUUUUUGGACCUUCGAAUUGGUUCCGGCGGAGUCCCUGUAGACGGCGACCAGGUGGCAAUACAUUACUAUGGAAGAUUGGCAGCAAAACAAGGAUGGCGUUUUGACUCAACAUAUGAUCACAAAGAUAUUUCUGGUGAACCAAUUCCUUUUACAUUUGUUCUCGGUUCAGGAAAAGUUAUUUCUGGGAUUGAAGUGGCUGUAAAAUCAAUGAAAGUCGGUGGCAUUCGGAGAGUCAUCAUUCCACCAUCACAAGGAUACCAGAACACAACACAAGAACCUAUACCACCUAAUGAUCUUAUAACGAAGAAGACUAUUGGUAGAGGACAUGAGUCAGGAGGACUAUACAUAUUGGAUACUCAGGUGCCUAAACCCAUUGCAUGUUCCAAAGGCCCUCGGUCU